GGAAUAACAAAAGACAUGCUAAUCAGUCAAACUCUAACUUAGAAAAACCUGCAAAUAAAGUUAGAAACCUCAUCAUAUUCUGACAUACCAGCAACAUCUCAUGCUAAUUUGGAACAUUUUAGGUCAAAUCCCAGCAGACCUACCAAAACCCUAAUAAUUCUUCUUAAUUUUACCUCAAUUGCAUCUUUUUAUCUGGAAAACUCAGCUCAGAGGAAGUGUUCUUGGACAUUUAUACAAGGGCGAAGCUGAUUAGUGGAAGAAUCUCCGCCGUUGAAGAUCAAGAUCCUGAAAAAGAACAGGUACUGUAGACUUUUUAUUCAUGUGCUGGUAACAUAGAGAGAAAGAGAGAGAGAGAGAGAGAUGGGAAAGGGAGGAGGUUGUGUACCAAGUAAGAGUAGAGCACCAUUGGGUGUACCAAACAAUGAACCACCAACACCAAGAGGUGUUUCUGGAUUAACACCAGUUGAACAAAAUGAUAAUACUACAUUUAGUGGUUCAUUUGAAGAAGUAAGAUCAUCAACACAAAAUGAAGAUUUGAAGAUUUUUAUUGUCUUUCAUUCAAUGUAUGGUCAUGUAGAAGGAAUGGCAAAGAGAAUGAAAAUAGGAGUUGAUGGAAUUGAUGGUGUUGAAGGCAUUUUACAUCGUGUGCCCGAGACGCUUUCACAGGACGUUUUGGAACAAAUGAAGGUUCCUUUAUUAGAUGAGGAAAUCCCAGUAAUUUCUGCUGCAGAAUUGGUCAAGGCUGAUGCUAUAUUGUUUGGGUUUCCAACGAGGUAUGGGAGUAUGUCGGCACAAAUGAAAGCGUUUUUCGAUUCUACCGGAGGAUUGUGGAAGGAACAGAAGUUGGCUGGAAAACCGGCUGGUUUCUUUGUGAGUACUGGUACACAAGGUGGAGGCCAAGAAACCACUGCUUGGACAGCGAUUACCCAAUUAGUGCACCACGGAAUGCUAUUUGUUCCCAUUGGCCACACAUUUGGAGCAGGAAUGUUCAAGAUGGAUUCUAUUAGAGGGGGUUCUCCAUAUGGUGCUGGAGUUUUUGCAGGUGAUGGCACGAGAGAACCUAGUGAGACAGAACUGGCACUCGCAGAACAUCAGGGACAAUACAUGGCUGCCAUGGUCAAAAGGCUGGUCCAAGCUUGAGAACUUCAGUUAAAUAUAAAUUUACAUUGAUUACCUUGUCCAUUGCUAUAUUGAAAGAGCAGUUUGUCUCUAUUUGUGAUUGGUCCCCAGCGUUUGAUGUGUUUUAGUUUUACAGCGUGAACAUUCAACAUUUUGUUUUAGUUUCACCAUUUGUUUUGUUUCUUAUUUCAUUCAUACUAAUUUUACACCCAUUAUUUGUUAAGAUUGUUGUAUAUGGAUUGGGAUUCUUAUGUUUCACGGAUUUCCUAAUAAAUAAUAAUGAAUAGUGUGUUGUGUUUCUUGA